ACUACAACAUGUUCGUGCCACAUGACCAGGCAGUGGGAGUAGUCUUGAUGCAAGACCAAGGAAAUGGACUGCAACCAACCGCCUACCUCAGGAAGAAACUGCAUAGGGCAGAACUAAACUACCUGAUACACGACAAAGAGGCCCUUGCCAUCGUCAUCGCCUUCAAAGCGUGGAGAUGUUAUCUCAAAAGACGAAGAACAACGGUCUACACCGAUCACUGCAGCCUGAAAUAUUUGAAGAAACAACCCAACCUUUCCAGGCGGCAGGUCCGGUGGAUCGACUUCCUCGAGACACACUUCCACUACGACAUCGUGUACAAGCCCGGCCACAAAAACAAAGCAGACACCCUCAGCCGCCCUGCACACCGACAUCUGCUACAGUGGGACAGUGACAUCGCGUACCGGAAAGGAUCAACAAAUAUCUGGGUACCCAAUUACCCUCCUUUGUGCCAGUUACUCCUCGAAGAAUACCAGGACGUCCUCUACGCCGGACACUUCGGUAGCAACAAGACGCUGACCGGUAUUGCAAGACACUACUACUGGUCCCACUUGGCAGAGGAUGUUCAGAAGUUUGUCACCUCGUAUGAUACAUGUCAACGGAUGACGAGCAGCAAGCAGAAAAAGGCAGGACUACUGCAGCCUCUUCCUGUCCCAGAACAGUCAUGGCAAGUGGUUAGCCUGGACUUCAUCACCGGGUUACCACCUACCACCAGCGGUCGUGACGCAAUCCUUGUCGUCAUCGACAAGUUCUCCAAAAUGGGACACUUCAUCCCGACACACACGACAGCACGCACCGAGGAGACAGCACAACUCUUCGUUCGUUACAUCAUAUCACAGUAUGGCAUCCCAACCACACUCAUCUCCGACUGAGACCCCAAGUUCACCAGCAA